AGACUACAAAUAAGACACGAAGAUUGCCAAGAUUUUAGAGAUGUAUUUGUCAAGAUUCCUGUCGAUUCAUGCCCUGUGGGUUACAGUGUCCUCUGUGAUGCAGCCCUACCCUUUAGUGUGGGGACAUUAUGAUGUAUGUAAAACUCAGAUUUACACAGAAGAAGGGAAAGUUUGGGAUUAUAUGGCCUGCCAACCGGAAUCCACGGACAUGACAAAAUAUCUGAAAGUGAAACUGGACCCUCCGGAUAUUACCUGUGGAGACCCUCCAGAGUCGUUCUGUGCAAUGGGCAACCCUUACAUGUGCAAUAAUGAGUGUGAUGCGAGUACCCCUGAACUGGCACAUCCUCCUGAGCUGAUGUUUGAUUUUGAAGGAAGACACCCCUCUACAUUUUGGCAGUCUGCUACUUGGAAGGAGUAUCCCAAGCCUCUCCAGGUUAACAUCACUUUGUCUUGGAGCAAAACCAUUGAGCUCACAGACAACAUAGUUAUUACAUUUGAAUCAGGGCGUCCAGACCAAAUGAUCCUGGAGAAAUCUCUCGAUUACGGGCGAACAUGGCAGCCCUAUCAGUAUUAUGCCACAGACUGCCUAGACGCUUUUCACAUGGACCCAAAAUCCGUGAAGGAUUUAUCACAGCACUCGGUCUUAGAGAUCAUUUGCACUGAAGAGUACUCCACCGGGUACUCCACAAAUAGCAAAAUAAUUCACUUCGAGAUCAAAGACAGAUUUGCAUUUUUUGCUGGACCUCGGCUACGAAAUAUGGCUUCCCUCUAUGGACAGCUAGAUACAACCAAGAAACUCAGAGAUUUCUUCACAGUCACAGACCUGAGGAUCAGGCUACUGAGACCUGCCGUUGGGGAAAUAUUUGUAGAUGAACUACAUUUGGCACGUUACUUUUAUGCUAUCUCAGACAUAAAGGUGCGAGGAAGGUGCAAGUGUAACCUGCAUGCCACUGUGUGUGUAUAUGACAACAGCAAGCUGACAUGUGAAUGUGAGCACAACACAACUGGUCCAGACUGUGGGAAAUGCAAGAAGAAUUAUCAGGGCCGACCUUGGAGUCCAGGCUCUUACCUCCCUAUCCCCAAAGGCACUGCAAACACCUGUAUCCCCAGCAUUUCCAGUAUUGGUAACUGUGAAUGCUUCGGCCACUCCAAUCGGUGCAGUUAUAUCGAUCUGCUAAACACAGUCAUUUGCGUGAGCUGUAAACACAACACUAGAGGGCAGCACUGUGAGUUAUGCAGGCUGGGCUACUUCAGAAAUGCUUCUGCACAGCUGGACGAUGAGAAUGUGUGCAUAGAGUGUUAUUGUAACCCUUUGGGUUCAAUCCAUGAUCGUUGUAAUGGCUCAGGAUUUUGUGAGUGUAAGACUGGAGCAACAGGGCCUAAAUGUGAUGAGUGUCUGCCAGGAAAUUCCUGGCACUACGGCUGUCAACCUAAUGUCUGCGACAAUGAGCUCCUGCACUGCCAGAAUGGAGGGACCUGCCACAACAAUGUGCGUUGCCUGUGCCCAGCUGCCUAUACUGGCAUCCUCUGUGAGAAGCUGCGGUGCGAAGAGGCAGGCAGCUGUGGCUCUGACUCCGGCCAGGGAGCACCCCAGCGGGGCUCCCCAGCACUACUGCUGCUGACCCUGCUGCUGGGGACAGCCAUUCCCCUGGUGUUAUACGGGCCAUAGAAGCCCUCCCUAAGGCCUGUGCUGUGGGGAAGCAAACACAACCCAAGCGAUUGCUACUAACAGAGAAAACAUGCACACCCACUCCAAUACAGUGUACAAACGAAGAGGGCCUAACUGAACUAAGCCAUAUCUCUCAGACCCGGACAGCACAUCAGAGUCAAGACUGUUCAUCACUGACUCCAGAGGAAUUGGCAGCUGUUACUAAUAUCAUUGCAAAUCUCAUUGCCAGCUGCAGAGCCGAUUGCGGAUUGGAAAGGCUGUGAGAGCGCCCCCAAAAGGAAAGACAAAAACAAAC